AUGCCUGCUAUAGGAGAAAAAAAUUACAGCAAUCACACAAACACAUUCAUAGACGACGCAAGAAAUUACAAAAGAAAAUCAAUUGACGAGCACGAUGAUUGCUCAUUUGUUGAAGAUUUAUUUUAUCUAAAUAAAGAAAGAAAAGAUGUACAAAAGGUUCACAAUGAAAAUUUAUUUGUUAAUGUCGAACUAGGUUCAACUCGAACCAAUGCCAUAGGUCUAAACUUAGUAAAAAAUAACAACUCUGAAGAGAAUAAAAUUAAGGAAUCAAGUGAUUUUAAAAAUUAUCAACAUUAUGGUAAACUAAAUGAACUUAGUUUAGAAUCCCCUCUGAACGAAAUUCAGAGGUAUCAGUUGACGCUACUCAAGAAAAACAAUCCAUCAUGUCCCAAAGUACCGAAAUCUAUAAGCACCAAUGAUAACAUCGAUAAUUGUGUCAAAAAGAAAAGUAUUCCAGAAGAAUCAGAACUUGAGACGGACAAUAAUCAAGGAAAAAUAGAUAUUUCCAUGAAGGAAAAUACCCAUUACUUAAAUAAUUCUAAUCAAGGCAAAAUUCAAGAAAGACACUUACUAAUUAAACCAAGACGAAAUUAUAACGACUUGCAUUCCAUCCAAAUGGAUGACUCCACAGUGAACAAUCAAAAUGUUCACACAUUGAAUGAAAAUGCACAUGAAGAGAAAAAUACACUAGUGAAUAAAAGUAGCCAUUUCUUGAAUAGCUAUGAAAUUCCAGUAAUUCAUGAAAUGAAAAAGAGUGACAAAAAUGUUCAUUCAAAGAAUACACUACAGUAUGAAAAUAAAAACAGUAGCACUAAAAAUAACGGAUUUACAAAUAAAGUUGUAAAUAACAAUUAUGACCUGAAAUAUAUAAUGCCAAAAUGGCAUAAUGAAAUCAUCAUGUGUGAAAAAUCAAAUAAUCAAAAAACUGAAAAAACAAGUAAAGUAAAAGAUAAUCUGCUGGAUGAUUAUGGAUUUAAAAAAGGUAGUUUUGUAGGUAUGGAUAAUUUAUUUGAGAAUUCCAAUUUUACUAUACAGAAAAGAGAAUCAAAUGUGAAAGAAAAGAAUACUAUAAAUCACCCAACUAGCGAAUAUCUUGAAAAGAAGAAAGUUGAUAUACGUGACACAUGUGACACAUUUGACACUUCGAAAACUAGCACUAAGUCUGACGAUCAUUGUGUAAUUUACAAGAGAGAAAGACAUGAAAACCAAAAAAUAAAUGCAGAACUAACUAAAAGCAAAGAAAUUCACACAUCUCAGUUCUCUCAGAAGGGUAUUAAUUACCGCAACUCCAGAAUGGAUGAAGAUAUAUCUCCCUUGCGCAACAGUGUUACUACUUCCAAUAGGAUUACUAUUACCAGUGCUAGUGGCACAGCUAACUGCAGAAAUGAAAUAAAAAUCAAACAAAGUAAUGAGCAACCUCCCCAUAUGAAUUCCAACAAUUUGAAUAGAAAGAACAAUCAGUUCGACACAAACAUGGUGAAUUUUCAUAAACAUGAAGACGGAAAAGAAAACAUUGGAGUGUUAUGUAAAGACAAAACUAUAGUACCCAAUUUGAAAGUGAAAGAUAAGCUUAAUCCACAUGAGAAAGAAAUAAAGGGAAUAUCAAGAAACACUACGCCUAAUAAAAAUAUGAAUAAAAGUAUACCAAAAUGUUUAAAUGUUAGCUCUAAGAUAAAAAAUGAAAAAUCAGUAACCUAUCUAACAUAUGAUGAUAUAACAGAUUUUGAAUAUGAACUGAACGUUGACAAUAUAAAUGACAUUAUAAACAACCUGAUAGAAAUUACAAAAGAUCAAGAAUGGACAAAGCAAAUAGAAAAUUUAAUUAAUUUAAGAAAAAUUUUAAAAUUUCAUCAUAAAUUAUUUUUUGAUAAUCAUGUAAAAGAAUUAAGAAAAAUAUCCCGCUCAAUCAUUGAACUAUUAAAUAGCCCUCGGUCGUGUGUGUCAAAAAAUGCACUACUGUGUUUAUCAGAGUUUUAUUCAAUUGGCAGAAAAAGAAUGGAUUGUACACUAGAUGAUGUUAUCCUACCAUGUUUAAAAAAGGCCCAUCAAACAUCCACAGACUUUUUAAGCAAUGCUGCUAACAAUGCACUUUUAUCUAUAUGCAACUCGUGUACAGAGAGCAAGCUCAUUUUACACUUUGUUAAGAUAAUUACCUCAAAACAGAAAACAUACAACCUGAUAUGUCUUAAAUGUCUAAUUGCUGUGAUAAUCAAGUUUGAAGAGAACAUUUUCAAGUUUAAGGAAAUUAACAAACUAGUUGAAGCCCUUUUUGAGUGUACGACAGGUGGAAGCGCAGAAAUGAAAUGCACUGCAAGAGUAGCUUUGGUGGUUCUGGACAAUAUAUGCCCAAUCAAGAAAAUUGGAAACAAAUUUCACAUUCCCGCUGAUAAAAUAAAAAAGAUUGAGGGUUUAACGGACAGAACAUCCGAAAGUGAAAUUGAUUCAGUGUUAGGGAAAAUAAAGUUCAGUGAGUAA